AUGCUUUCUUUUACUUCCAUCCUCUCUUCUCUGCUUGCUGCAUCUUCUGUGGUUACUGCUCGUCCGCGAGACAGUUUGCAGGCACGAGCACUACCACCGUACUGGUUGCUAGCAGGAGACUCUACCACAGCACCAAAGGGAGGCUGGGGCGAUGGCUUCCUCAGCACUACGCUUUCCAACGGAGCCGCUGGGAAGAAUUAUGGGCAUAGCGGCGCUACGACAGCUUCCUUCCGCGCCGGCGGCGACUGGGCGAACGUCCUGUCCAGUAUCAAAAGCCAGAAGGCCAGCUACCAAGUCUACGUGACCAUCCAGUUCGGCCACAACGACCAGAAGUCAACCUCGGGCGUCACACUCGACCAGUUCCAGACAAACCUUGAAACAUUUGUGAAGGAAGUUGUCUCAGCAGGAGCCACCCCAAUCCUCGUAACAUCUCUCACGCGCCGCACAUUCACAUCUGCCACCCCACCAGCAGUAAUCGAAGACCUCGCAAACGUUGUCAACCGUACCAAGAUCGCCGCCAGCAACACGGGCGCCCGCUGGAUCGAUCUGAACAAGGCCUCGACGGCAUAUGUCAACGCGCUAGGUCCGGACGCGGCGCACGCAUACAACCUAAACGCGACGGAUAACACGCAUCUAAACGCACAUGGCGGCGUGGUGUUUGCGAGGCUAGUCAGCGAUCUUCUGGUUGCAAAGUAUCCAGAAUUCGCGGCGUAUACGCUGAAGAAUGAGACGCUGAGCACGCUGAUUAAGCAGGGGAAGCCGGCUUAA